AUGGCAGCAGCGACGGCGGCGGCGGGUCGAGCCGGGCUGGGCUUCCUGCGGGGGCUGCGGCUCCCCGGCCCGGCCGCGGUCAGGGGGCUGCGCGCAGGAGGGGGAUGUCUCCGGCAGCAGGAAUUCACCUCCCUGGAGGAAAAACCCCAGUUCCCGGGAGCCUCGGCCGUCUUCAUUGACAGGCUGGAAUUCAUACAGCCCAACGUCAUUUCGGGGAUCCCCAUCUACCGGGUCAUGGACCGGCAGGGGCAGAUCGUCAACCCCAGUGAGGACCCCCAGAUUUCCCAAGAGGAGGUGCUGAAGUUCUACAAGAGCAUGACGCUCCUCAACACCAUGGAUCGAAUCCUGUACGAGUCCCAGAGACAGGGGCGGAUUUCCUUUUAUAUGACCAACUACGGGGAAGAAGGCACCCACGUGGGCAGCGUAGCAGCCCUGGACGACACUGACCUGGUCUUCGGACAAUACCGAGAAGCAGGUGUCCUCAUGCACAGGGGCUACCCUCUGGACAUGUUUAUGGCCCAGUGCUACGGCAACGCCAGCGACCCCGGCAAAGGCCGCCAGAUGCCCGUGCAUUACGGCUGCAAAGAUUUGAACUUCGUCACCAUAUCGUCCCCGCUUGCCACCCAGAUCCCACAAGCGGUGGGGGCCGCCUACGCCUUCAAGCAGGCGAACACCAACCGGGUUGUCAUCUGCUACUUCGGCGAAGGGACCUCCAGCGAAGGGGAUGCCCACGCGGGCUUCAACUUCGCCGCCACCCUGGAGUGUCCGGUCAUAUUUUUCUGCCGGAACAACGGCUACGCCAUCUCCACUCCGACGUCCGAACAAUACCGGGGCGACGGCAUCGCCGCCCGUGGUCCCGGUUACGGCAUCCAGUCUAUCCGAGUGGACGGCAACGACGUCUUCGCCGUGUACAACGCCACCAAGGAGGCCCGGCGCCGGGCCGUUGCCGAGAACCAGCCCUUCCUCAUUGAGGCCAUGACCUACAGGAUCGGGCACCACAGCACGAGUGACGACAGCUCGGCCUACCGCUCUGUCGAUGAGGUCAAUUACUGGGACAAGCAAGACCACCCCAUCUCACGUCUCCGUCACUACAUGGUGACCCGGAACUGGUGGGACGAGGAGCAGGAGAAGAGCUGGCGGAAGAAAUCGCGCAAACGGGUGAUGGAGGCCCUUGAGGAGGCCGAGCGGAAGCUGAAGCCGAAACCUCAGCUCCUGUUCUCGGACGUUUACAAUGAGAUGCCCUGGCACAUUGCCAAGCAGCAGACAGCCUUAGAACGUCAUCUGAAACAGUAUGGAGAUCACUACCCACUGGAUCACUACGAGAAGUGAACCCCGGCCUCGCCUCACGUCCGCCUUUCC